AUGAGUGCAGUCCUGCCGGGCAAGCCCCAAUCCCGGCUUCAGGGUCUGGCGACAGGCUGCUGGGACAGCAGGCACAUUAAUGUAUAUAUAACGGGCAACGCGAUAACCAUCCUCAGCGACCCGCGCACGAUCCUGCAAACCAUCUACGAUGACGACGAGCAACCGCUAGAGGCGAUCGCCCUCGACGAGAGCACCGGCAAGAUCGCGAGCUGCACUUCCGAGCAGGUACGCAUAUACAGGCCAUUCGGGCUGCGAGAGAACGCUCUCAAGUGGGCACUCGAGGCGGCAUUUGCCAUUCCGCACCCCGUGUCUGAUUCUCCAUGCGCCUUGUCUUGGGGAGGUUCCGAGGAGCUGCUACUGGGGACGAAUUGGCUCUCGCUGUACUCGACCCGAGGCGAGCCGGCGUGUCUGUGGAAAAGGGAGCUCCCCAGCCCGGUAAAGUUUGCCUCGCUAUCCUACGACUCGGCCUACAUUGCUUCCGUUGGCUACCACGAUAAGUUGCCCAAAGUCUGGCGACGUCUCGCCUAUAGUUCGGACGAGGCCAGCUUUGACAUGACCUAUCUGCGACAUCCCGAGAUUGUCAGCUCCCUCCGAUGGCGCAAGCCUUUUCAUGUGGAUCAAUCGGUGGACAAUGUUCUAUACACGUUCUGCAUUGAUGCGGCCGUGAGGGUCUGGACACCGACCGAGUCCCACGACGGAAAGCACUGGCAGCUAUGGGGCCAGGUCAAUGUGGGAGCCUCGCUUGAAGAUGGCGAGCCUGCCGCGCAGGAUGUGCAGCUUGCCUUUGUCGUCGACUCCCGAGACUUUACGCCUUCGGUCGAGCGAGCGGUACAGGAUCGAAUGACGAACGACACAGUCGUGGACGAUGUCGCGCUGGAACAUCUGGUGGCCGUGGCCAGAAAGAGCCCUGAGAUAUGUAUCGCAGUCGACAGCCUUGGACUCUUGUCAGCGUGGGCGCUCGAGGACGUCAAUAGCAGCACGGCGGAGAAACCAGGGAUUUUCAACAUUGUACAAAUCCGGUCGCGACAACUCGAGUUUCUCAGUGGCUUCCUGUCGUUGCGACAAUUGCCUCACGUGGAGAUACAGACGUAUUGCGACAAGGCAAGUGGUCGACUGCACAUUCUGUUGCAUUCGUUCGAUGGCAGGAUAGGCGUAUUCACCACUAACAUUGCGGAUCUGCUGGAUCCCACCACCAACGAUCGUCGACUGUCACUCGAGACGAUAUGGUCGGGCCACUCGGGAUCGAUUAGGAAGAUGGUCCGCAACUUUAGCGGAAAGGCCGUCGUGACGCGCACGGAACAAGGGGAGAGUAUUGUCUGGGGACACACCCAGUCGCGGACGAACAAGACGGGCCCGACACUCUCUCGGCGCUGUUCGAUACUCGAGGAAGGUCGCAUCCAUCGCAUCUCGGUGCUGCGAAAGGGCCGUUUCGUGGUAUUCUUGCAGGCGACAACGGUCACUCUGUGGGACUGUCGGUCGGAGCGUGCUCUUUCGCUUGGCCAAUGCUCCUAUGAGGUGGAUGGUCAGCCCUUGUGUCUGAUUGUGCUGCCGCGUCCGGAGACCCGCGACUACACUACAGCCCACAUUGGUACAAUCACGUCAAAGGGGCGUGGUAUCGUGUGGGAGAUCAGUCUGCCGCGCUACUUUGACGAUCCAAUGUCGAUGGCGGGAGGUGGGAUCAAGGAGUUCUGUCGCUUUGCGCUGGAAGACAUCGAAGGCCUGUCCUACGUGCUUCCAGUCGACCCGGCAGGGUCGACCCCCGUUGCCCAUGGGUUUCUUGAUGUCUUUGCAGGCGACGUUGCUAUUUCGUACACCGACACGGGCCGAGUUGAUUUCUGGACUGCACGUGUUGAUCUGGAGAAGCAACACGUCGAGUGGCUGUCGACAUGCACUACAGAGACUGGCAUAUCUGGGCUGGCAUUGGUCAGCGGAAGCACGCUCAAGAAGGCAGCGCUUGCCAAUGCAACCCACUCACAGGUCACAAUCUGGGAUAUUGGCGGAGCACGCCUCGAGUUUGAGGAGGAUUACAAGACGCACAACGUGGUGCAAGACCUAGACUGGACUUCAACGCCCGACUCACAGUCCAUUCUCGCCGUUGGCUUUCAGUACAAAGUCGUUCUGCUGUCGCAGAUGCGCUUCGACUACCUGAACAAGGGACCGGCAUGGGCCCCGAUACGAGAGAUUGGCAUUCGCGACUUGACACCGCAUCCCAUCGGCGAUUCAACAUGGCUGAGCGAUGGCCACCUGGUGAUUGGCGCUGGCAACCAAAUGUUCAUCCAUGACCGCAACUUUUACCCAAGUGAACAGCAUGCAGAAUGGAUGCGGCUGCCACACCGCAAGGAUGGAUCGACGGAUCUGUUCGAAGUAGUCCAGCGAUUCAACGGCCCACUGUCGGUGUUUCACCCACAGUUCCUCUCGCAAUGCAUCCUCGCUGGCAAGAGCGCGCUGGUCAGACGUGUGCUGUUCGCCCUGCACCGAAUAUUGAAGUAUCACAUUGAGGGCGAAGAGCUAGAUGACUACCUCGGCUUGAGCAUGGAGGAAUUCUACACAGACCUCGAUAUGUCCAGUGCAAAAUCUGGGCGACCCAACGGCUACUUUUUCGAUGAAAAAGGAGAAGGCGAAGAUGAAGAGGAGGAAACGUCAUUCACAGAACAAACAGCGGCGGCUGUCAACGAGAAAUUGACAAAGAUCAGCCUCCCGCAGCUAUCAGGCCAUGAACAAAUUCAGCUGGCAGAUAUUGUCGAGUGCGCCGCCUUUGUCGAGCGUCAGCGUCGGUCCAUGGACGAGAACGGGGCGAGGUUCAUGCUCUUCUUCCGACAGCACGCUUUGCUCAAGAGACGAGCCACCGAGAUCCAUCUGUCAUGGCGAGAAAUCAAUUGGGCCUAUCACUCGACCAGUCAGGACAUUCUAGUGGACUUUGUGUCCCGCCAGAAUCAUGGCAGCAUGCUCUGGGAGCACGCCCGCGAGAGCGGCAUCUUCAUGUGGCUAUCGGACAUUACCGCCGUGUUCGAGGCCAUGGCCCGUAACGAGUACACGAAAAGUGACGAGAAGAACCCGGUGGACUGCAGUCUCUUCUACCUUGCCUUGCGUAAAAAGUCGGUCUUGCAAGGCCUGUGGCGCAUGGCAGGCUGGAACAAAGAGCAAGCCAUGACGCAGAAGCUCCUGGCCAACAACUUUGAGGACCCCAAGUGGAAGCGCGCCGCGCUGAAGAAUGCGUAUGCGCUGCUGAGCAAGCGUCGUUUUGCCUAUGCUGCGGCAUUCUUCCUCUUGGGCGAUGACCUAACCGGAGCAGUCGAUGUCUGCCUCAAUCAGCUCAAAGAUCUGCAAUUGGCGAUUGCGAUCACGCGUGUGUAUGAAAGCGACAGCGGACCGGUGCUGAACAAGAUCCUGCAGGAUGCAGUGCUCCCCUUGGCUGCACGCGAAGGCAAUCGCUGGAUGGCUUCAUGGGCUUUCUGGAUGCUGGGCCGCAAAGACAUGGCAGUGCGCGCUCUUGUGUCCCCAGUCUAUACACUCAUCGAGACACCGGGAUCGCCCGACAUCAAGUCUCGGCUGUACCUGACGGACGACCCGGCGCUCGUUGUCCUGUACUCGCAGCUACGCCAACAGACGUUCUCGACACUGCGCGGCGCAUCCAAGGUGAGCCCCAGGGCUGAAUGGGAGUUUGUGCUGCACAGUGCCAAGCUCUACGACCGCAUGGGAUGCGAUCUGCUCGGCUUGGACCUGGUAAGGAACUGGGAGUUCCAAAAGGCGGCGCCGUCUGGCUUUGGCGGCGAGGUCAACCCUCUCAAGCUGCUGCGGAGGAGAAGCUCGUUGAUAGUGGACGACAGGAAUGGUGGGUUCUUGCAGAAGGGAAUGCCGCAGGAUGGACCGGCCAAGAAGCCGCAACCUCCGCCGACCAUGUUUGAGGAGCCGGAUGCGGGAUCAUUGCUCGAUAGCUUUGGCUUCUGA